UGCUACUGUACAGAUCGUGUAUACAUAUCUACUCAACUACUCACAUUUCAUUUUUAAUUAGUUAAUUUAAACUUGAAUUUGAGUGAAAAAAUAUUGUGAUAAUUUCUAAUUAAUAUUAGAUGAGUUUUCUUACUUCCUGUGUUGUAUUCCCGUAACGAUUUUCGUAACCUAAUUAUCUUGGAAUUAAUCAUUUGACAGCUGUUCUCAACGGCAAACCACAAAAUUGCAUUUGUUGACCUACAAAUAAAAAAUAAAACCUAUAAAGAAUGACAAUGGGCGAUGAGACUCCAGUUACAUCACUUGUUCUUCCAGUAAUAUUACGUCCAAUUUUGGCAAAAUUGGAAAGGCAAAAUUUGGUAGCUGCUCAAAUGCUUCGUAAAGCAUUAUCCAAUGCAGAACUUAAUCAUCCAGGAAUUACCUACGAUUUAAUACUAGGUCUUGUGCGUCGUGCAGAUCUUAAUUUAGAUAUGAAUGAAAGUGUGCUUCGGUUACAGGGUGUUGCGUCUGACUGUGAUGAAUAUCGUUCUGUACGUUCAGAAAAUGCAUUUCCAGAGCUUAAUAGAAAAUCUACUUCACUGAAAAGGAUAUUAAGUAGAAUUCCAGAUGAAAUAACUGAUCGUAAAACGUUUCUUGAAACAAUUAAGGAAAUUGCCAGUGCUAUUAAAAAAUUAUUAGAUGCUGUUAAUGAAGUUACAGGAUAUAUACCAGAAUCUGCAGGUAAACAGGCUCUAGAUCAACGUAAACGAGAAUUUGUGAAAUACAGUAAACGAUUUAGUAAUACAUUAAAAGAAUAUUUUAAAGAGGGACAAGCUAAUGCAGUAUUUAUCAGUGCUUUAUAUUUAAUUCUUCAAACAAACAUGAUUAUGCUUACUGUAGAGGAUAAAGUAUUAUAAUCAAUAUAAGAGUGAAGUAAUAAAGAAUAAAUAUAAUUAUUAUAGGA